AUGGUGUUGUUCGAUUACAGCUCCACAACGACGGGUAAUAAUAAUGACUCAGCGCUACCUGAGGAAUUGGUAUUUAUUGCUGAGAAAUAUCAGUACAAUUUCUGUGAUAAUAAUAAGUCGUUGCAAAAGGAUGUGAUCGAACUGAAGAAAAACAUUCGAAUGGCGCUCAGCAAACAAAUGCGUAUCAAACAGGGUUAUGUUCAAAUGCAGAAAGUAACAAAAGAAAGAAAGCAAAAUGAAUUUCUGAAGAAGGAAAUUCGGGAUUUGAGUGAUCAGAUUAGUGAUAUGCAAGAUGAUCUGCAAACACUGGACAUGUACGAUACUGGUGCAUUCGAUGACGCUGAAGAGAGUGUGUUCGGUACAGUUAUGGUAUCGUCGUCAGACGAUGUGCUCGCAACAUCGUUGCCAGAUUCGGGUAAUGCGAAUAUUGACGCGGGUAAUGAAAUCGGCGAUCACCCGUCGCAAUCGACCAUUAAUGUUCUAAAAAUCGAAGGUUUGCAGAAUGAACUUGCAAAAGAGCUGAAAGUGAAGGAGGGAAUGGAAAGAUUUCUGAAUAUAUCGAACACGAAUCGUAAAUUGCAAGAAGAGACCAAAUUCAUGCUGGAAGAUUCGAAAGCGAAAAUCGCAUUGUUACGCAUGAAAAUUGAGCGCAUUCAACGGCAAAAACAAGUGGAUGAUGGCAUUUUGUCGGGUUCGUUGAUUUGUCGUAAGCAUUUACCAACAAAGACGGAAAUGUUGGUCGAUGAUCUUUUGUACAGAUUGCGUAAAGAAUCGGCGAUUGCUGAGGGUGCACGAAACAUGAUACGUCAUGCAACAGAUUUGAAUGAUAUAAAUGAUGCUGUUCCUCGUGCACAUGCCAUAAAUAUCGCAUGUUUACGAUAUAAAGCACGUUAUGAUGCAUUCGGCACAAAAAUAUUGAGCAGUCAGAGGAAAUCAGACAGCAAAAGUGUGGCGCAAGCAUUCGAUAAUCAUAUGCAAUCCGAAGAGAAACUUGAUCUUAUACGAUUGGCAUUAUCAAAAUACAGCUCUCAACUACCAGCAGAUUCACCAAAGAGAAGUGAAAUCAAAGAAGCGUUAUUUGAAGUUGAGCGUGUACCAACGUCUGCAGCUAGUAGAAACUUAUUAAAUGAUCGUCUCAGCCCACCGAAUUCACUGCCAACCAGUCCAGCGCAGGAAAGUGCCUCAAAAACAGCGAGUCUGCCACGAUCGAUUGCGUCUAAUCGUCGUUACAGUGCAUUCCCACCGUCGUUGGCUGUUACGGGUAGGCUGGAAGUCAGAAUAAUCGGCUGUCAAAACCUAAUAUGUGAAGUACCGCGCCGUAUGCCUCGACCUGAAAUUUCGUCAAUUAUUGCGAUGGGCGGCGAUACGUCGGCAAUGAUACCAACGUCGCAUAAGGGUAGACGUGAUCGUGGGCUAGGUCCCCGAACCAGUAGGUGCGUUGAGGUUUCAUUAUCGUUUUUCGAACUGGUGAGAUCAUCAUCAGUUUGGUGUGCAACCUACUCGUCAUCGCCACCAUCAAUUAACAAUGCUUUGUGCGUUUCGUUUUAUAUAUAUUGCAGCUCAGCCGUGCGAAUGUCAGUAACAGAUGAGAUCUCGGCAACGUUGCGUAUUGACAGCCGUGAGGUUGGCUCGACUGACUACCGAGCGAUAUCCCGGCAAGCGUGGGAUCAGCGAUUUUCGAUUGAUCUUGAUAGGUCGAAGGAGCUGGAAAUAGAAAUAAAAUACCGCGAUUGGCGUUCGUUGUGUGCAUUUACGGUCGUGAAAUUGAGUGAUUUCGUGGAGCCAGUUAAACGCUCUGGAAUGGAGCUGAACUUGGAACCACAGGGACUGCUUUUCGCUGAGUUCAAAUAUCUGAAUCCAGUGGUUAGUCGUAAACCGCGAUUGGAAAGACAGAAACGCCUCUUCAGAGUGAAAGGUAAAGGUAGUUAUUUACUUUGCUCUAAUCGAUCCGUUUCUUCAAAUGCAUUAAAGAAUUUUUUUAAGUUGAGCAAGAUAGCGUCGACGUCGUUACCGAUGCCAUUCCGCCAGAGUGUCGUCGACCGUCCGGUGUCAUCUGUCGUGCACUCAACUCCACAACCAGUCGCACAAGCACACCAAAAUCACUACAGUCAAGAUCAGUACCAAUCAGCUCCACCAAUGUUAAAAUCACCGAUGCAAUCUGCAAUGAUGUCGCAGUCUGUAUAUACAUCACAUGCUCUCAUUAGUGCGAAUGCGGCCGAAAUUGGAAAGCAGAAACAAAACGCUCAGCAGCAGCAACAACAACAACAACAGCAGCAACAGAUUCUUGAUAAUAAGCAGUCACAGUUUAUGAUGGACGAUAUUAAGGCCUCAUUACCUCCCGCACCGCCGUCAUCGACUCGUCGUCAGUCGAUUCCACGCAUUCAUAAAACGUCAACGACCCCGUCCGGAAUCGAACCCGCCACCUCUCAGCCGAUACUCCCACCAACCGUCAUUCCACCUAAAGAGAAGUACCAGUCCUACUCAAAGCCGCAUCGAACAUCCGCCGCUCUCCAACCGCCGUCGAAUGUCACAAUCGAUAAAUUCCGUCUGAUAUCCGUUCUUGGACGAGGUCACUUUGGAAAGGUGAUACUCGCUCAGUAUAAGCCAACAGGAGAGCAUUAUGCUUUGAAAGUAUUGAAGAAAGGCGAUAUUUUGAGUAGAGAUGAAGUGGAAUCAUUGAUGGUUGAGAAGAGAAUAUUCGAGAUCGCCUCUAGAAAUCAUCAUCCGUUCUUGGUGAAUCUGUUCGCUUGUAUCCAGUCUCGUGAACAUGUCUUUUUCGUGAUGGAAUACUCGAUGGGUGGUGACUUAAUGAGGCAUAUCCAUGACGAUAUCUUUACAGAGGAGAGGAGUUGUUUUUAUGCAGCGUGUGUCUUGUUAGGACUCGAAUUCUUACAUGCGAACAAGAUUAUUUAUAGGGAUUUGAAAUUAGAUAAUUUAUUAUUGGAUCGAGAAGGAUAUGUGAAAUUGGCCGAUUUUGGUUUGUGUAAAGAGGGAAUGGGAGCGAAUGAUCGAACGUCCACAUUCUGCGGUACUCCAGAGUUUUUAGCACCUGAGGUUUUGACGGAGAAUAGUUAUACACGCGCCAUUGACUGGUGGGGAUUAGGCGUUUUGAUAUUUGAAAUGUUGGUUGGUGAGGUGAGUGAUUUUAAUUAUUUGUUUAUUACAUUGAAUUUCCAUUUUGCUGUGAUUAUCUUAAUGCGUAAAAAUCCUGAAAAACGAUUAGGAGCAGGUGAAAAAGACGCAAAUGAAGUUAAGCAACAGCGGUUCUUCAAGCAUAUUAAUUGGGAUUGGGAGAAACUUCUGAGUAAAGAGUUGAAGCCGAAGUUUGUUCCAGUAAUUAAGAAUGCUGAAGACGUGAGUAACUUCGAUGAGGAAUUCACCAAAGAGACACCACGAUUUUCAUCAGCAAAAGAUAAACGUCCAAUACCGGAGACUAGCCAGCAAUUGUUCAAGGAUUUUGAUUUUACAUCAAUCAUCGAAUGA